AUGACGGACCGUAAAUCUCUCGAUGCCGCCCCCAACGGCAAGGACAAGAUCAAGUCCAAAACCAGUGCGAACGCCAAAGAAGUCGCCUCAAAGGACCAGAAUGGCAACGGUGCGCAAAAAGCGAGCCCCAAAAAGCGCCGCAAGGUGAACCACGCCUGUGUCUACUGCCGUCGCUCUCACAUGACUUGUGAUCUUGAGCGACCUUGCACAAGGUGCAUAAAACGAAAUAUUGGUCACCUCUGCCACGAUCAACCCCGCGAGAGCGACAUGAAAAAGCCAAAGUCCUCCAAGCAGGACUCUGUUGAUGACUCCGAAGCCGCUUCUUCCACAUCUACCAACAUGGGCCCUCCGCCAACAUUCAACGGCCGACAGCGCUCAGACUCUGGCUUUGGCGGCGUUCUCAGCCAGGGUAACGGGCUCGGCAUGGUUCCCAGCCUGGAUUUGCAGCCCGGCGCAAUUAAUCCAACCGGGAAUAUGAACCAGUUCGCUGGGUUUUCCGAUGCUUGGCUCACAGCCCAAAACUUCAAUGGCAUGAACCAGUACAACCCCAACUACAUGGUCGGCGACAAUGUCAACGAGUUCAAGCUUCUCAAUGAUUUUCUCAACAGUAAUCUACUCGAUGAGCCUGGUAUCGCUCCUGACGAUACCCAGACCACCACUCCGACAUAUGCCCGUAGCCAGUCUGAACUCGCCGCCAAUUUCAACGCCGCUCAGUCCGGCUCCCCCAAUCUGACCACGUCCAUGCCCCCGCCUCCUCCCGCGAGCGCCGCCUCGGCCAGUACUUCCGGUCGCACGCGCUCAUCACGCAUCGCCGCCACUGCCGACAAGGACAAAGAGCGCGAAUAUUAUCUGCAGGCCGCCGACCCCGCAGGUAACGCCAUUGGCGAGGAGCGCAUGUCGCGCGUGCUCAUGGCCAAGUACGACGCGGGACUUCUUAAACCCUUCAACUACAUCAAUGGCUACGCGCGUCUCGGCAAGUACCUUGACGGCCACAUUGCCGCCUCCUCGAAACAAAAGAUUCUCCGCACUAUCCAUCACUUUCGGCCAAAAUUUAGGGAGAAGGCUCAAGGUCUCACGGAUUUGCAGCUGCUCUAUGUCGAGAUGUGGUUUGAGCGCCAGCUCAUGGACUAUGACCGCGUCUUUGCUAGCAUGGCAGUGCCGGCAUGCUGCUGGCGACGAACAGGGGAGAUCUUUCGAGGAAAUAAAGAGAUGGCAGAGCUCAUCAACGUUCCUGUCGAUCAAUUACGUGAUGGCAAAAUUGCUCUUCAUGAGAUAUUAACCGAAGAGUCCAUGGUAAGGUACUGGGAGGAGUUUGGUACCAUUGCCUUUGACCCCUCCCACGACACGCUCCUCACUGCGUGCUCGCUCAAGAACCCCAGCGACUCGUCAGAUCAUCCGAUCAUGAAAUGCUGCUUUUCUUUCACCAUUCGUCGCGACGAGCAUAAGCUGCCUGCGCUAAUUGUGGGAAACUUUUUGCCUCAUGACCCGUCUACGCCGGAAUAA